GGAUCAAGGUCCGAGCAGGGAGCGGCAAACCAUUAAAAGGGGCAGUUUUCUGUUCACUGUCAGUGUGGUUCUUUCCUGCAGUGCACAGGAGUGGAUCCGAAGAGGUUCUCUCUCCACUGAACCAGAACACCAGCUCGACUUUAGUGCGGAGAGGGGCGCGGUGAGCUGCAGCGGCACAAUGAUCCCCACGAUUGCGUUAUGCUCCCAGUCUCUUCGGAACAACUGUGUUUUUCCCAGAGCUUUAAAAGUUUUGCAGAGACCAUGGACUGGUCAUCCCGGAUUACCUGCAGCAAGUCGCGGCAUACAUGUGGACUCUCCGCCUGUUAUCCCAACUCUCACUACCAGCUAUGCCCACGGCACGUCUUCCACAUCUUUGCUCCACUCUACAAUAGCAGAGACCCUGCAGAACACUGUGGAGCGCUGGCCUGACAGAGAGGCCGUGGUCUUUGUAGAAGAUGGAGUCCGCAAGACCUUUGCACAGUUUAAUCAGGAUGUGGAUCAAGCUGCAGCCGGGCUGCUGGCGCUUGGACUGCAGAAAGGAGACAGGCUGGGCAUGUGGGGACCCAACACUUAUGAAUGGAUCCUGUUCCAGUUUGCAACAGCCAAAGCUGGCGUUAUAUUGGUGUCUGUGAACCCAGCGUACCAACUGCAGGAGGUGGAGUUUGCGUUGCGGAAGGUUGGGUGUAAAGCUAUAGUGUGCCCUGCGCAGUUUAAGACUCAGAAGUACUGCGACAUGCUGAGGCAGAUCUGUCCAGAGAUCGAGUCGUCGGCCCCAGGAGACAUCAAGAGUGCCAGACUCCCAGACCUCCGCUCUGUGAUUGUUCUGGAUAGCCGACAACCAGGAAUGCUUCAUUUUGAUGACGUGAUGCAGGCAGGGAGCAGCCAGUACAUGCAGCAGCUUCAGGAUCUGCAGAAGAAGCUCUCCUUUGACGACCCGAUAAACAUCCAGUUCACUUCGGGCACAACUGGGGCUCCAAAGGGUGCCACCUUGUCUCAUCACAACAUGAUCAACAAUGCCUACUUUGUCGGCAAAAGAGUGGGAUACACCUGGAGGCCUCACACUCGUGUCUGUCUACCCGUGCCUCUGUACCACUGCUUUGGCUCUGUGGGCGGCGGGCUCUGUAUGGCCGUGCAUGGCGUCUCCCUGGUCUUUCCCUCUGCUGGGUACAAUGGAAAGGCCAACAUAGCAGCACUGGAGAGUGAAAGGUGCACCUUCAUCUACGGCACCCCGACCAUGUAUGUUGAUAUGAUUAACCAGCCGGACUUGGCAAAAUACGACUUGUCCUCCGUUGAGGCAGGCAUCAUGGCUGGUUCCCCUUGUCCUCCAGAACUUGUGAAGAAGGUCAUUUCUGUAAUGGGCGUCAAGGGAAUAACAAUUGGAUACGGCACCACAGAGAACAGCCCCGUGACGUUCUGUGCGUCUCCGACAGACAACCUGGAGAGGAAGUCGGAGACCGUCGGCUUCAUCAUGGACCACUUAGAGGCUAAAAUAGUGAACCCUACAACAGGGGAAGUGCUCCCUCUGGGGAUGAUGGGGGAGAUCAUGAUCAGAGGCUACUGUGUGAUGUUGGAGUACUGGGGGGAUCCGGCCAAAACACAAGAGUGCAUCACUAAAGAAGGCUGGUACAAAACUGGAGACAUUGGCAGCAUUGAUACGUACGGCUACUGCCGAAUCGAGGGCAGGAUUAAAGACAUGAUCAUCAGAGGUGGAGAGAACGUUUACCCGGCUGAGAUUGAACAGUUCCUGCACACACACCCCAAAGUCAUGGAGGCACAGGUGGUGGGAGUCGAGGAUGUCCGUAUGGGUGAAGAGGUCUGCGCCUGUAUCAAACUGGUAGACGGGCAGGACUGCACUGCAGAAGAAAUCAAGGCUUACUGCAAGGGGCAGAUCGCUCACUUCAAGAUUCCUCGCUACGUACUUUUUGUCACCAGCUACCCGCUCACUGUUACCGGAAAGAUCCAGAAGCACAAACUACGCGAUGUUGCUGAGAAGCAGCUGGGACUGAAGAAGGGAAAAUGAGAGAGCCUGCUCGUGUACGGAGAGAAUUCAAUGACUGUUUAUCGUGUACCACAAACACCAAUGGAGAUUACAUUACCCAGAUAUCAGAACAUCUUAAAACAUCUUGAGAAAUAAUAACACACAGCCUUACAGUGAGACGUGUGAUGGCUGGGCAUGAAGCGACCAAAUGUUUACGACCAAAUGUUUAUCCUCCUGUAACCGACAGUUAAAGGCAUAAGCAGUAGAGUAGAGUCAUACUGUAAAUCUCCCACAGAAAGACUAAAAUCAAACAACUGAUCCUGCUAACAAGUAUUAUAUGUGCGUACAAAAACACAAACCACUGUUGAACUGGGUGACGAGCUGCUUCAUUACCAUAAACCACUACCUCCAAUUACUAGAGCUGCAACGAUUAAUCAAUUAGUUGUCAACUAUAAAAUUACUUGCCAUCUGUUUUGAUUAUCGAUUAA